AAUGUGGUCGCUUUUAGCAGUGGCAAGUUUGGUAUCUGCAUUUGGAACUACGCAUGGUUUCUUAGGAAAAGUAGCACCUGAGAGCCCUGAAGCCCACAUGAAUAUUAAUCAAAUGAUUUCCUACUGGGGAUACCCAAGUGAAGAAUAUGAAGUUGUGACUGAAGACGGUUAUAUCCUUGGGAUCUUCAGAAUUCCUUAUGGAAAGAAAAACUCAGAGAACAAAGGCCACAGACCUGUGGUGUUUCUGCAGCAUGGUUUGCUUGCAUCAGCCACAAACUGGAUUGCAAACCUGCCCAACAACAGCCUUGCCUUCAUUCUGGCAGACGCUGGUUAUGACGUGUGGUUGGGCAACAGCAGAGGAAAUACCUGGUCCAGGAGAAAUUUGUACUAUUCACCAGACUCAGUUGAAUUCUGGGCUUUCAGUUUUGAUGAAAUGGCUAAAUAUGACCUUCCAGCCACAAUUGACUUCAUUGUAAAGAAAACUGGGCAGGAGAAGAUACACUAUGUUGGUCAUUCUCAGGGUACCACCAUUGGUUUUAUUGCCUUUUCUACCAAUCCCACACUGGCUAGAAGAAUCAAAACCUUUUAUGCAUUAGCUCCAGUUGCCACUGUGAAGUACGCAACAAGCCUUUUAACAAAACUUUCACUUAUUCCAUCACCCCUCUUCAAGAUCAUAUUUGGUAACAGAAUAUUCCUCCCACACAACUUCUUUUAUGGAUUUCUUGGUACUGAAGUGUGCUCCCGAGAGCUAAUGGAUCUCCUUUGUAGCAAUGCAUUGUUUAUCAUGUGUGGAUUUGACAGUAAGAACUUUAACACGAGUCGCUUCGAUGUCUAUCUAGCACAUAAUCCAGCAGGAACUUCUGUUCAAGACGUCCUCCACUGGGCCCAGGCUGCUAGGUCUGGAAAAUUUCAAGCUUUUGACUGGGGAAGCCCAUUUCAGAACAUGAAACACUAUAAUCAGCGCACACCUCCCUACUACAAUGUGACAGCCAUGAGUGUGCCGAUUGCAGUGUGGAAUGGUGGCAAUGACAUUUUGGCUGACCCCCACGACGUCAACAUUUUGCUUCCCAAACUCUCCAAUCUCAUUUACCACAAGGAGAUUCUUCCUUACAACCACUUGGACUUUAUCUGGGCAAUUAAUGCUCCACAAGAGGUUUACAAUGAAAUGGUUUCUAUGAUGUCAGAAGACAAAGAAUAGCUGUGGAUUUUAGAAGUUUUUCACUUCUUUUUCCAAAAUGCUUUUCUUUCUCAUAAACAGUUUUCUGCAAUGUAUAAAACCCAGUGCUUCUUUCUGUAAUUUUGACUUUAGAAAUAAAUUGGCAUCCAUAAA